GGCUGCAUUACAAACUUUGAAUGAAUCAGACCAGUGGAAAAUUUAAUGUGGUAAGUUAAAGGUUGAUUAUGAAUGUCAUUUACCGAUAAUACAAAAAAUAAAAUCAUUUAACCAUAAGGCCUUUCUAAUAUUUUAAAUUGUCGUCGUAUUAAUAGUUAAAUUAUUGCAGUUACCUGAAGUCAGUUUUCGCGUCAGCGCAUCAGGCCUAUAUUUAUUUAAUUUAUAUGUGUAACUUGCACAUCAUAUAAUAAUAUAUAAAUCUCACUUUUAGUCAUUGAAGCAUUGAGUAUUUAUUCUACAUUUAAUUCCGAAAGGAUUUAUCAGAUAACAAUAAACUGAUUUCUAAACUGGAAUCUGGCGGCCUAGAUCUCAACCUCUAUUUCUAUUACAGCGGUUCUCAAUCUGUGGGUCGAACGACCCUUUCACAGGGGUCGCCUAAGAUCAUUCGAAAACACAUACCCUACAGUUUGUGAAGUAGCAACGAAAAUAAUUUUGUGGUUGGGGGUCGCCACAACAUGAGGAACUGUAAUAAAGGGUCGUGGUAAUAGGAAGGUUGAGAACCACUGCUCUAUAAGGUGCGGCGUAAACCCGUCUGGAAACAGAAACCAAAACAAGACCCUGGAAAUUUCCGAUUCCCCUUAAUGACCAAUGGGGCUAUUUUGAAUGUUUAUCUGGCUUCUAAUUUUAUCGCUUUCUUUCUUAUUUAAAAAAGAAAAGAUUAUAACAAGAGAAAUUUAACUUUCUAAUUAAAUAGAGCAUUUUAAAUGUCAAAAUAUCACAAAACUGAAGGUAGCGCUUUAAAAUCCCACCUGGUCUUUGUAUACCGUCCAUUAGCCAACAAUGCUGGUGACUGCUGCUAUUGUAGCAAUGUCUCUUGGUACGGCGUUAUGUGCUGAGUCUUGUUUGGCGGUCUCACAAAGAAAAAGUGUGAACCUCACCUGUUCUGGUCAAGCCGCUGACACUUUCAGGUGAGUUCAGUGCUGGCAAUAAUCACUUGAAAAAAAUUAUCGAAAAAAACAUAUUAAGUGAAAAAAAAAAAAAAAAAAAUACUGUCCAAAUUUGUUCUGGUCAAGCCGCUGAAACCUUCAGGUGAGUUCAGUGCUGGCAAUAAUAACUUGAAAAAAAUUAUCGAAAAAAACAUAUUAAGUGAAAAAAAAAAAAAAAUACUGUCCAAAUGUCUUAAACGUUGAAGUGCUCGACCUUUUUAGAAAAAUAUAAAUGUUAGAGGACUUAACUUUCGAUUAUGUAAAUAUUGAUGAUAUAGAAUCAUGGGCGCCCGCAGAAAACUUUCUAAGGGGGGAGGCUAUCGAUUAACUUUCAGGGGGGGGUGCAAACAUUUUUUAGUAAUUUUUAAUGUAAUUUUAAUUUACUGUAGCGUAUAUGUAUGGUGAACGAACGGACAGGACAUCAGCUUAGUUACUUUCUCUUUAUUUUCUCUUUACUUUAAUACAUUUUUGUCUAUUUUUGUCUAAAUUUUUUUUUAUCCAAUCUAUGGGGGGGGGGAGUGCCCCCCCCUUGCCCCCCUGCGGGCGCCCAUGUAUGGAAUAUUGAAGUUUUCAAUGGUGCAGUGAAUAUCAAAAGGAGGUAGGGGUUAUUUAGUGAUAGAUUUGUGAAUUUGUUUCAAGAAAUAUUAGUUUCUACAUCAAGCCUGUUCAAAAUUUGUGUCUUUCCGAAAUCUUUGUAGUGUGUGGAAAAUUAAUGCACAGUAUUCGCCUUCAGUGGACACACUAAAGUUACAGAAUGGCGAAAUUUCGUAACGAUAUACAACAUAACUGUGUCAUUUGGUGCCGUCAAUCAAAUCUCUCUCGGAAUUGUUCAUCGCCUUUCUUCUCGAAAAAAUGGUCGUAUACUUUUCAGUCACUACCUUGAGGGCAAAAUAAUGCUCAACUUUGAUGACUUCUUCCGUAUUCAAGAUACCUUUUUUUUUCAGACAACAACUGCACACAACAGAUAUAUAUUUUCACUACUGGGAACACGUGUCAGUUGGAGCUUAGGCAACGUUGACAAACGCACAUAAGCGUUCAAGAUAGGGAAAGUGUCAGCGCUAAAAAUAGUAUUGAACAUUCUCCUGAAAAACCAAAGCUGUUUCUACGGUUGUCUCGCGUUCUAACAGCGUUAGUUCCAGAUAUACAUAGAGAGGAAGGACACAAUUAUUUAUCAUGGGAAAAUUGGAUUUUUUUUAACGCUGGUUCUUUAAAUAUUGGAUGUGUGAGUUUUAAAUAUUUAUAUGCAUUUUUAUGAGUGAAAGAAAGAGAGUCAAUCCAAAUCAUUGCCUUAAUUAGCGAGAAUCUCAUAAUCUCUUGUAUUCAUGCCUAUUUAUUCCACAAUAAAAACAGACAUAUUUACUGGAAGUCUGGUGACGCUGACACUUUGAUUGCUAACUGCUACUACAGUCACGAUGAGUGCUACAUCAAUGAUACACAAAGAUAUUGGGCCCGUCGUAAGGACCCAAGUGAUUCGUCAUUCGAAAGUUCGCUGAUCAUCAAGGAAGUCGAAAAAGAGAUGGUCAUAACAUGUUUUCUAUGGCUAGCGGGGAGAGAAGAUGAAAUACUUAUUAACACAACACGUGUUUUGGUCGAUGGAGUCUGCGACAAAGAUAAAGAAGGUACCAUCCCCUAUAUUAUCAUUGAAUAUUUCUUCCAUUUAUGCACUUAAUAUUUUAGAGGACUAUGUUUAAACAUUGCUUUAUAAUAAUUUGGUGAAGAAUUCAUCAACAUUGGAUUAAAUGAUCAAGCAAUUAAAAAUAAUUUUGUAUUUCUCAUUUCUUUCUUAAAAUCAUAGCAAAUUUUCGUUGAAAAGAAAUUAAUAUCAACAAAUUUCAAAAUCUAAUUAUUUAUAUAAAUAUUCAAAUAACAAUCUGAUUUUCUUAAUUUGGAUUGAUUUUUUUAAAUAACUUAAGUGGAUUUUUUCCCCCCUAACAGCUAUGCAAAGUACACGAACGUCUUAUCUACCCAACACCUUGUCCACAAAUCUUCUGGAAAAUCAAACAUCCAAUUUUCCCACUACCUCCAGUUAUUCCACCGACUCAACUAUGACCACCCCUACCAGCACCACCCCUACCAGCACCACCACUACCAGCACAACCAUCCCAAAGCUUAACGGUGCACAUUUAAUGACUAAGACGGAGUUUUACGACAAAAGGGACAAUGAUAAAAGUGAAGAUAAGCUUAAUUUUUUAAGUUUAAUUCUACUGGGGAUCAUUGGGACAAUCGUCUGUGCGGUGAUGAUAAUCCUGGUACGGAGGAAGUUAGUGAAGAGAAGGAAGCGGCCCAAUGCCAUCCCACUUUUCACCGACCAUUACGACAUUCCUGAGUGUGAAGGACAUUUCUAUAACACUCUUAACUUCUCGGGUAAGGAUGAAUGCAUUCCCCUUCUUAGGAACCGCCAUAUUCAAUCGCCGUUAAUCCAUCACUAAUUUAAAAAAAGAAAAUAAUUUAAAAUUAAUUGUAUAAUUAUAAGUACCUCUUAUUUAUAUAUAUUACGCUUCUGAUGUGACUGCUUCCUAAUAAGCGAAUUUAGUAUUGAAAGGAUAUUACAAAUAAUUCUAAAUGUUUGAAAGAAAGUAUGAUUAAAUAAUGAUUUCAAUAGCUCGUAAAAUAUAAUUCCCGACCACUAAGGGUAAAUGAUAUAUUUUUUUUUAAAAAUAACGCAACUGCUUUUGGCGCGUAAUAUUUUUUUCAGAAAAUUAAAUCGUCUCAAUUUAAGUAUGGGGUAAAAAAAAAAAAAGGAUUCGGUUUAAAAAUGGUUAGGACAUCAGAAUAUUAAUAUAGUUCAUGGGCGUGAAAUAAAAAGUUUAGUGACGUAUCAUCGGUUGAGUAAUUUGAAAGAGUUGUACUUGUACUGUGUUACUUAAACGCACCAACAGUCUGUACAUGUAUAAAAUAGGGUUUGCCUUCUCAUAGAUGGUUUGCCUCUUCUUAGAUGCUUUGCUUUCGCUUAGAUGUUUUGCCGUCCAAGUGAUACGUCAUUCGAAAGUUCGGUGGUCAUCAAGGAAGUCAAACAAUGAAUGGGUUGUAAGAUAGGUUUUGUGUGGCCUAGCGGAGACAAACGAUGAAAUAAUUAGUAACACAAAUUCAGACCCCGGGUGCUUUGGACUUUGGCCUUGGUGGGGAUUGAACUCAGACCACCAGCUCUUUAGUCAGUUUAGACCGCUCGGUCACCCAUCACUUCUUAAUAAAUAUUGUAAGGCAUCAAUAUCAAGAUGUGUGAAGUUAUUUUCUUUUUUUUAACUGUGAAUUUUCAGACGAUGUCGUAAACAACAGUGUGUCUCCGAUACUCGCCCUCCCGUUGCCCCCACGACCAAUCCGCCCCUGUCGUGACGAGUUGAACGAAUCAUCGCCCCAGCCCCCAGCGUAUUCUGAGAUCUACGAGAUUCGGACACUUUUCAAUGAUGCUCAAGUCAACGCGUCUUCCGCACACACUUUGUCACGAGAUGACCAUAGGCAGCGAAUUGAAAAUGACCAACUAAGAGAUGCCACAACGCAGCAGCCCCACAGGUCAACUCCAACAAUGAAAAUACCACAGACAUUUCGAUGCAACCAUAACUCCACGGAACCUAACUCUCCUCCCCCUGAUUACGAUACCUCUAUGAGGUUAAAAUCUCCAAAUUGGCACAGUACGACUUUCAAUCCUGACACGGAUUAUAUAGAGGCUAUGCCACCACCACCUAAUUAUAUAACGUGACAAGUUAAGGAAAGAUACCUUUUUAGUCAGAGAUUAUUUUCUUUGUUGGAGGGUUUAAAAACUACGUUCACGGCAGUUGAACAUAUUUGGUGCCAUGGUCCUCGUCGUCGUCCACCAGAAUUCAUAAUUCAAUUUCCCUGGUUGAAUAAUCCGCAAUAAAUGAGACCAAUUAUCAAGGGCAAAUUUGAAUGGUACGCUAUAGAACACACUCCACAGAAUCAAUGGAUACGAAAGUCC